AUGAUUUUUGAUGUUCAGAGCGGUUAUGUUAGCAUCAAAGACAACCAGGAUGUUGAGGUCUGGGUCACUCCACGCCAAGAACCUCGAGAAUCGCAAAUCCCAUACGAUCCGGAUUUUGAGUUAGGGAAACCCUUCUGUUUCCACGGAACCAAAGCUGUAAAGCAGGAUUGUCUGGACGCAUACAACCAGUUUCCUGUGGAUGAGCAAGGUCAUCUGAUUAAUCCAGAGACGAAAAGCCUAGCAAACUCACUUCAUUUAAAAUUCAAAUCAUGCAGUAUAACUGUCUACACAACCGAUGGAACAAACGUUCUUGUAAAAAAACAGGACUCUCUGGAUGUGGUGAAUACUAUGAUGAACACCUGUGAUUCACAGUGGGGUAUUGUGAAUAUCAAAGGGGCUGAGGGACCCAAUGGACAUGUAACUAUCACCAGCCGCAGUACCACUACCAGCCACAGUUCCUAAUCCCCCAAUUGUUGAUUGCCUUUCAUUCCACCGCUCUCUUUCCAAUUGUAGAAUAUUUCUUUGUUGUUUUUUUGGGUUCAUCAAACACAGACUGUGUACACAUUCAAAAUGAUGUCAUAUUAAAUUAGAUGAAAAUCAUCCUCUGUCUUUGU